AUGCGCGAAACCCAACCUUCUAGCAUAUUCAUUGCACCUCUCAGAAUUCGCAAGGACAAUGACGACGACAGCCAUGGCGCGAUGGAGGAGUUGGCAUUGGCAGAGGCCAUCCACAGCCCGAGAUCAAUAGAUUCCCUCGACGACAUGAACUCCUCGCCUGCACGCUUCCACAACUACCUCCGAGCUCUGUAUCCCUUCCAGCCCUCGUCACCGCAUUCGUCCACCACGGUCACCCUCCCGCUCAGCGCAGGGGACAUCAUUCUGGUGCAUUCGGUCCAUGUCAACGGUUGGGCUGAUGGCACGCUGUUGGAGACCGGUGCUCGUGGGUGGCUACCGACCAAUUACUGUGAGGGCUACGACUAUGCUGCCAUGCGACCUCUUUUGAAGGCGUUGACCGAGUUCUGGGAUCUGGUGCGCUGCGCAAGCGAGACAAAUCUAGGCCUCUUUCGCAAUCAAGACUACAUGAGAGGCCUGGUUGCCGGGGUACGCGCUCUCCUGGAGCGGUCCAACUGUCUGACUCGGGAUUGUUUCUUGGUCAAACAACAAGAUGGGAUACGCAGAACGCGGAAGAGUCUGCUAUCUGACCUGGCGCUCCUUGUUCGAGCGGCCAAAGAGCUGCAGCAAGUCGUCAGCGUCGGUCAAGCACCCGACAAAGAGAUGCUCGACAUCAGGCUCGAUGAUAUGCUCCUGAAAGCCUUCAGGAUCGUCACGCGUGCCGUCUUGUUCUAUGAUGUGUGGACCGAGCAGGCAGAUGCAUCACCUGGAGCUGCAACAAGGUCAGCCGAGUCAUCUUUGGAGUCUAUCGCAGUCGUAGCGUCCCAACAGUCAAGUAGGUCGCACUCUACCAUUCGCCGUCACGUAUCGACGUCGGUCCAGGCCAAAGCUCCGGCCGUGAAUGGCAUGUCGAAGCAUAACAGUCACAAUUCAACAGUCAAUCCAACACACGUACGACGGCACUCCUCCAUUACACAUCGCAUGUCGUACACUCGCGCCCCGACACAGAAGAACUCCAACCUCAUCUCCGACUUUCUCCACCGCUCUUACGACGAAUUCCUGACAGUGCUAGCUUCAUUUCUCGGCUCGCACAUGCAGUCCAGGUCGUCGUCAGAACUAUUGCUCACCACACAAAACGCCGUGCGAGCAUGUCGUCAGCUCUUUGCCGUCGUCGAGACGGUCAUUGAUCGAGACUAUAGCACCUCCAGGCCGCUGGUCCAGGCGAAGGACUCCAUGUACGACGCCAUUACUGAACUGGUCCACGCUGCUCGACAAGUGUUCAAACCCAUCCGCUCUAUGGAUGAUGAUUUGAUCUAUUCGCCAGACGAGGCUCACAACUUGGUACAGGCCGCUACAGCUUGUGUCAGUGCCGCAGGGCGCUGCGUCACCAGGACAAAGACAACCUUGGAAGAGAUUGGUGACUUCGAGAUUGAAAAUCUCAGCUACCUUCUGGGACGCAGCUCUGGUGCUUCAAGCACACCGGAGCCAACAAGUCGGAACAUUUCCCCUGAUUUUCCCCCUUCCGGAGCCUCAAUCCCUGUCACAACGGAAGCCCACAAGCCGCAUGAGCGACCUCGCAUUGCCACCAAUCAGCCGUCGCUGACACCUCCCCUUUCCUUCCACACUUCGGAGUCUCCCUCCACUGGCACUGGUAGUAUUCCCCCGACCCCGCAGGAUGAGGCCGUCGCGGGCAUUAUCCGCUCCUCCCCUGUAGAGAACCCAUCUCUACUUCACCAGAAGGCGGCUCUGGCGCCUACGGCAUCGAAAACACCCACCGAGGUCAAGCACCACCGGCCAAGCGGCCAUGUGGUCAGAGGAAGUAUAAGCAGUAACAGCAGUUUCGAACGAAGUGAUCGGCGGUCGAAUCCCAGCAACGUUUCCUCGGCGUCCACACGCGUCACUUCAUUUCACGAAGAUCUUGGCAACGCAUUGAAGCCGUCCAUUUCCAGGCGCUCGCAUGAUGCGCGUAGCGACUCAAUUGAUGUGGCCGACGCGGAGGCUGAAAUCUUGGUGCAUUCAUUUGCACAAGAGCUCGUCUUUAAUCGAGAGGGCGUGGUCGUAGGGGGCACGCUCAAUGCCUUGGUGGAACGCUUGACAACACCCGAAUCAGCACCUGAUAUCUUCUUCGUCACGACCAUUUAUCUUACUUUUCGCCUCUUCACAACACCGGUGGACUUUGCAAAUGCUUUGCGAUUCCGGUUCGAGUAUGUCGGGGAAAAUGCAGACAUUGCAGGGCCUGUCCGACUCCGGGUCUACAAUGUGCUUAAGGGAUGGAUGGAAUCUCACUGGCGCCAUGAUUGUGACGACGCAGCACUCCCAGCGAUUGUGGGCUUUGCGAGGGAGUCUCUGGCUACUUCCCUGCCGAUGGCGGGUAAGAGAAUUCUCGGGUUGGCGGAGAAAGUUGCAAUGACCCAUGCGGCCAUCGUCCCGAGAGUCGUGGCAGCCAUUGGGAAGACAAGCACAUCGACCGCAACCUAUGUUGAUCCGAACACUCCGAUGCCCGGUCCCAUCAUCUCCAAAAGUCAGCUUACUGCGCUCCGAGCCUGGAAAAUGGGCGGAGGUUCGGUCACGAUCCUCGACUUUGACCCACAGGAGAUCGCACGUCAAAUUACUCUAAAGGCUUCGGGGAUUUUCUGCUCCAUCCUCCCCGAGGAGCUCUUGGGCACGGAAUGGACGAAACGGAACAGCUCGCUCGCUGUCAAUGUUCGGGCCAUGUCCACACUCUCUACCGACAUCUCCAAUCUGGUGUCGGACUCUGUCCUCCAGCUGGAAGAGCCCAAAAAGCGAGCCGUCAUCAUCAAGCAAUGGGUCAAGAUUGCAAACAAAUGCUUGGAGAUGCACAACUACGACACUCUCAUGGCGAUCGUCUGCUCACUGGAUUCGACCAACCUGAAGCGGAUGAAGAGAACCUGGGACUAUGUGCCCCAAAAGACGAAGACAAUCCUUGACGACAUGUGCAAGAUCAUUGAUGUCUCGAAAAAUUAUGCGGUCCUGCGGCAACGCAUUCAAGCCCAGAUACCGCCCUGCCUCCCGUUCAUCGGUGUCUACCUGACCGAUCUUACAAUGGUGGAUUCCGCCAAUCCCUCCACGAGACCGUUGUCGAUUGACGGCGGGGCGACAUCCGUGAUCAACUUGGACAAGCACAUGAAGACGGCCAAGAUCAUCUCGGACCUGCAAAGGUUCCAAGCUCCUUACCGGUUCGUCGAGGUCUCUGAGCUUCAGACGUGGAUGCAGGACCAACUCAUCAGGGUCCGAUCUGCUGGGGACAAGAGUUUCCAACUACACUAUCGUCGAUCCCUGAUUCUGGAACCCAAGGAACCCAACAGAAGCCCCAACCCUGAAGCCGGGUCCGGGAAGGACAAGGACAAGUUUGACUUUCUCACCUGGGCUCACUUGGCUCCAAGGGAAAAGACACUUUCCAUCUCGGGCUAA